CGCGCGGUGCCGCGGUCGGCAGCCGCCAUUGCAGCUUAUUUUCAGUUGCUUUUUAAAGACAGAAAGCUCAUGGUGCAGAUUGUCAUUUCCAGUGCUGGGGCUGGAGGCCUGGCAGAAUGGGUGCUGAUGGAGCUACAGGGGGAGAUCGAGGCUCGCUACAGCACUGGAUUAGCUGGAAACCUCCUGGGAGACCUACAUUACACCACUGAGGGAAUCCCUGUGCUGAUUGUGGGGCAUCAUAUCCUUUAUGGGAAAAUCAUCCACCUGGAGAAACCUUUUGCCGUCCUUGUUAAACACACUCCCGGGGAGCAGGAUUGUGAUGAACUCGGCUGCGAGAAUGGCACCCGGUACCUGGUGACAGCUCUCAUCAAAAACAAGAUCCUUUUCAAAACUCGCCCCAAGCCCAUUAUCACCAACGUCCCUAAGAAAGUAUGA